AUGGAUCCCGCCGCCGCCUCGCCGGUGCCGGCGCCUGCCGUGGAGGAGCCCGUCAGCGCCACCUCCGUUCUCGACACCCUCGGCGCGGAGGUGCUGGCGGUCAUGUCCCCGGUCUCCAUCUGCAUGGCCCUCGUCGUGCUCCUCAUCUCCCUCCUCUCGCCGCCGUCCUCCGGGUCCGCGGCGGGCUCGCCCCCGCCAGUCACCGCUGCCACACUCGUCUACCUCGAGUCCCCUAACGACUCCCCGGGCCAGAAGCUCCUCGGCGCGCUCCUCGACGCCGCCGUCUUCGUUGCCCUCGUCGCCGCUGUCACCUUCGUCCUCGUCGCGCUCUACUACUACCGCUGCACGGGCUUCCUCAAGAACUACAUGCGCUUCUCCGCCUUCUUCGUCAUCUUCUCCAUGGGAGGCGCCAUCGUCGCCGCCGUGCUCCGCCGCCUCGCGGCCCCGCUCGACGCGCCCACCGCGCUCCUGCUCCUCUUCAACGGCGCCGCUGUCGGGGUCCUCUCUGUCUUCGCCUCCGCCGUCCCCAUCCUCGUCCGCCAGGGGUACAUGGUUGCCCUCGCCGUCAUCGUCGCCGCCUGGCUCUCCAGGCUCCCCGAGUGGACCACGUGGAUCAUGCUCGUUGCGCUCGCCGUGUACGACCUCGUCGCUGUGCUUGCACCCCGGGGACCGCUCAGGAUGCUUGUGGAGCUGGCCUCCUCCAGGGAUGAUGAGCUACCGGCACUCGUCUACGAGUCUCGGCCUACAGUCGGUCCAGCCACAAGUUCUUCCUCUUAUGCUUCGGCCAUGGGGUCUGUGGAGAUGCAAACCAUGACAGAUUCUGGUCAGAUCCGUGGCAGUCGAUAUGACCGGGUGGAGCAGGAGGAAGAUGCCAGCCCUGCUGUUGUGGAAAUGAGGGAUCUUGGAAGAGGCCGAUCAAGCGAUGGUGAGAUGAACAGAUCAAGAGGUUCUGUGCUUCAAAUGGAGAACCUUGAAAGGGAGGUACCAGUGACUUCAGCAGAGCUGACAGCAAACCAAGGUGGGAGUUCACAGCAUGCUGUCAUUCAAAUUGAACAGCCUGACGAAGAAGAGAGAUCACCUUUGGUGUCUGCAGCAUCUACCAACAAUGCAGCUUUGGAUGAGGAGGAGCAUAGGCAAAGUUCAUCGUCAGAGCCUCUGGAUUUUGAGAUGUUUGAGUCUACCAGGGGCAUCAAGUUGGGCCUUGGCGAUUUUGUUUUCUACAGUGUACUUGUUGGGAGAGCUGCCAUGUAUGAUCUGAUGACUGUGUAUGCAUGCUACCUCGCCAUCAUUGCUGGGCUUGGUUGCACCCUCAUCUUGCUUUCCAUAUGCCGGAAUGCACUACCUGCACUCCCAAUCUCUAUUAUGCUGGGAGUGACAUUCUACUUCUUGACGCGGUUGCUGAUGGAGCCAUUUGUGGUUGGUGCUUCGACAAACUUGGUGAUGUUCUGA